GAGUCUACUCUACUAUAUGAGAUGCAGAUCAAUGUACUCGAAUAGGCCUACUCUAGACUCUAGUAUUAUAGUGUAAGUGGUGGCUUUACUGAUUAGAUCCAGCUUUAGAUCUAUAACUAUUUAUUUAAUAGGUCUAUUUAUAUUAUAGCUUAGUUAAAUAAAGCCAGAAUGGCUUGUAGUCUAGGUUUAUAAUGGCCUGUAAUAAAAUAGCCUGUAGUAUAGCAUAGAUACAAGAGGAAGAGGAUUGGAAACGAGAUCACGUGCGCUAUCAAUCCUACAGUAUAUAAGCCCCAGAAUUGAUCCGCGUUUUAUGUAAAUGAGCAAAGUUUUAUGGCAAAGAAGACAUAUUUGGAGUGAUUCUUCGAUUACCAAGAUCUGCUGCAGCAUUGGUGGAGAAGAGAGCAAACCUGUGCUGAGAAAGAAUACCAGAUUGUGUACCUUACUAGCACCAUAGAUACAAUGCUAUAUCUUUAUUUAGCAAUAAGUAUUAUGCCAUUUUGUGGUUUGUGUGUACACUAUUAGUGUAAGCCACGCCCACCAUACUUUCGUCUAACAAGGAUAGUUUGUGCUAAUUGAGUUCACGUGACCUCGUUUCCAAUCCUUUUCCUCCUGUAUCUAUGAAUAUAACGAGGCUUGUAAAUGGCUUGUAGUUGUGUGUGUAUAGAACAAGCAGCAGCAAAUAAUUAUCGUCUCUCUCGUUUUCCACAUCAAUGACUUCCACAGGUGACGUAGAACUCAAGCUGGUUACAAUGCUGCAGUUUGUACGAAGUAUCAAAAGAAAGUACUCGGAAAGGCUUUUGAUAAGUCGAGAGGAGCAAUGGCCGCCUGUCAAGAGAGAUAAGUUGAUUAACUUGCAGCUGAUUGAAACAAGUAGAGCCGACUCUUUUGGUAGUUCUACUAACGAAGAGGUUAAGAAAACACCUAUUCACUAUGGGGAUUUAUUUUCUGGGAGAGAUGAUAAAAGGCCUGUAAAAAGAGUUUUGGUUGAAGGUCAUGCUGGGAUUGGGAAAACCACACUUUCGUUGACUCUUAGUGAAGGAUGGGCCGAGGGGAAGUUGUUGCAACAGUUUGACUGUGUUUUGCUUUUGCCUUUGAGGGAGAAUAAAGUUGCAACCGCUAAUUGUUUUUCUGACUUGUUAAAAUUGCUCCAUGCCAGUGAGAAUGUUCGAUCAGCUGUAGCUAGUGAGUUGUCUGAUAAUGAAGGGGAAGGUUUACUGAUCAUAGCUAAUGGUUGGGAUGAGCUAAGUGAGGCUGCAAGAUCUAAAGAUUCUUUUGUUUAUGAUCUCCUUUUUGGCUCCAUUGUACCAUUUGCGUCUGUCUUAAUAACCUCUAGGCCAUCUGUAUGCUCUGAUAUCCGUAGGCUGCCAUUAAUUAACCGGCUAGUUGCAGUGAUAGGUUUCGAUAAGCAAGGCGUCAAAGCAUACAUUAAAGCCGAAUAUGAGCAUAAUAUGGACAAAUAUUCCAGGCUUCUGAAACAAAUCGAAAGUAACCCGCUGUUGCAAAGUAUUUGUAGCAUACCACUUAAUUGUGCUAUCACCUGCCACCUUUGGGAAGUAUUAAACGAAGAGCUUCCUUUGACAAUGACUGGUUUGUAUACACAAAUUAUUCUUAGCGUUGUGUAUCGUGAUAUCAGAAAAUAUGAUGUUUUUGAUAUGACCUCCUUGAGUAAUUUCGAUUCGAUUCCAGAAAACCUUAAGUGUACUUGGUGGAAACUAUGUGAGUUUGCAUUUGACUCAAUAUGUGGUAAUCAAUUGGUAUUUUAUGCCAAUGAAUUAAAAAGCUUUUUUCCAGAUCUGCUUGUUGAAACUAAGAUGUCCUUGUUCGGUUUACUUCAAUUUUCCCCCUCAUUGCUACCUGUUGGGCAUGAAUUGUCAGUUAGUUUUCUUCACUUAACUUUUCAAGAGUAUUUAGCUGCUAUGCACAUAUUAACACUACCCGUGCUCAGACAGAUAACACUCUGCAGUGUGUAUGGUUCAGCUACUCAGUUUUCCAUGGUAUGGAGGUUCUUUUUUGGGCUCCUAUCUCUUAACGAUAAAAGUAGGAGCAUUGCUAAUAAGCGAACAUAUAAUCACAUCGAUAUUGAAGGAAUGUUGGCAAGCUUAAUGAAAUCUUUUACUAGUAAACAAAACACUUUGCUGUUUUGUCAUUGUGCAUUUGAGUACCAAGACGAGCACUUAACUUCACUCGUAGCAUUAAAAGUGAACGAAUUAAUUCAUGGGAAUUUUCCUAUAGCCCAAAAUGCCCUUGAUGGUGCUGCUAUGUUUAACAUGAUAGCCCAUACUAAAACAUGCUCUUCUUUGGUGCUCCGAUUUAAUGGGUGUGACUUAGGAGAUGACGGACUACAGCGGUUGACCACCAUUUUCUCAAAUGCUUGUGGAUCUCUCCAAGUAAAAAGACUUUACCUUAACAAAAAUCAGCUUACUAGCACGGGCAUUUCUGAGCUGUUUAUUAGAAGGAAGGCUUUUACCAUACUUGAGGAGCUUUGCUUGAGCAAAAAUCAGAUUGAUUACAGAGGCAUUCACAGCAUAUUUUGCUCUUCUGGUUUCAUGCCGUACCCUUCUUUGAGAUAUUUACGUUUGUCUCAUAAUCCUCUGUCUGUGGCUGGGUUUGAAAAAUUAGAGAAUGCUAUCCUAGCUGAUUCAACUCCUAAUCUAUACAGUCUUGAUCUAACAAAUACCAUGACAAUGGAUCCGAACAUCAAUGGUAAUAUGGUAGCUUCACUUAUGGAAGCGCUUUCAAUCAAGUGCCCUCGACUUGUUGCCCUUUAUUUGUCAAUGAAUAAUCUAGGUAUUCCUGGGGGAGCAGCAUUGGGGGAAAAAUUGCCGAGACUGACACAAAGAGUUGCCGAAUUUGAUUUGUUUAUAGAUGACACCCAACUCGGUGAUAAUGGUCUUGAUGCUUUCAUUAGCUCGCAAUCAGAGAACUGCCAUAUUUUUUCACUUGGAAUUAAACGCAAUGAAAUACACCAUCAAGGAUUAUCACUGCUAGCUGAGAAACUUCAUAGUGGGACCAUGAGUUGCAUUGUUUUAGAUCUAGUAGGCAAUCCCCUGGAAUGUGAGGGUGUAUUCCUUCUUUCGUCGCUAUUGGCCAAUGAACAUUGUAGAACACGUCACUUAUACCUCUCAUCAUGCCAACUUACUACAUCUUCUAGUCUUAAAGAAGAACAAAGCAAAAUUUCGCUAAUGGGAAACAUAAAUUGUCAAGUAAAGUCGUUGGAUCUUUCCGAUAACAAUUUUAGUGGCGAACGUGUUUACUACCUAGCAGCUCUGAUGAGUAAAUGCAUGUAUAGCCUAGAAAUUCUUUACACAUCGAAUUGCCAUCUCAAUUCGAAAGACUUACAAUUUCUUAUUAAGAUACUGAGUUCUGAUUCAUCGAAGAAAUUUGUCAAUUUGGGACAGUGGUAUAUCAAUGAUAAUGAUAUAGAUGAUUCUGGGGUGUGUACUUUGAUUGAAUCUCUGAAACUGCUUUUUCCACGCUUAACUGUUAUCGAUGUAAAUGGCAAUCGUAUUAGUCACAUAAUGAAAAAAAGGCUGGAAGAAUGUAACAAAAUGAUUCUUAAGGUGAUAUGUACAGAGUUAUUGGAGUGUGAACCGCAAAAUUCUCUCUCCAUACGGGUAAAACUUUUGGCGGAGUGGAAAACAACCGCACUUGUUCCAAGAGAUAAGAAUGUAAGAAAGGAAUUCUUUCGGAUGUGGGAUGACCUCCUUGCAUUGAUGUGCUGGCAGUUGGAAGACAUGGUUGAUGUUCCCUCUAUUGACACUACAUCUGUUCAAAAUGAACUAACAUUAUCUCUAAGCACAAUGGACUCUACUACUACAUGUACAAGUCAACAAAACCAAGAAGCUGUGGAUACUUCUGCUAAUACUGCUCAAGUUAUGCCCACACCCAAAAUUGUUCUGAACGCCCGUGACCAUCUGAGGGAAGCAAAGACAGCUUUAUGGGAUGUGAGGGCCAAAUGGCGCAGCUUCGGCCUUGAGCUGGGAGUGGACCCCUAUACAUUGGACUCCAUUGCCGUGAAAUAUCAAAACAACCCUGACGAGUGUCUCCCUCAGUUGCUGCAACACUGGAUGGACAGUGACAAAACGGACCCCACCUGGGAGAGGGUAGUCUACGCCCUCAGGGCUAGGCCUGUUGGGUUUACACAAUUAGCUCAAACUCUUAAAAAUAAGUACAAUCUAGAUCUACCAUAGUGUCAUUUGUUUCACAUUUUGUGUUGUUUUCAUUAUUCAAUAGUGCAAUGUUAUUUUAACUGACUAAACAAAACAUGAAAUGUUUAUAUAAACAAGAA